AAACUUUCACAAUUGAUAAGGUAGUGUAAUGGCAAACAGACGAGAUCCUCAGACGGAACGAAAACUACGCCCGCUCUAUGAUGCGCUGGACAACCUCAACAACAAACAAGCUAUCCAAAGAGCAGACAAGAUCCUGAAAAAAGAGAAGGAUUUCCACUGUGCCAAGGUCCUGAAAGCGCUGGCUAUGGUGAGAUUGAUGAAAUGUCAAGAUGCCCUUGCCCUCUUAGAGGAGGUUAAGUCCCAUUUCCCACUAGACGAGUCUACUUUACAAGCUAUGAGUGUUUGUUACAAGGAACUCUUACAACCUGAACUGAUACCAGAGCUGUACGAGACAGCACUAAAAUACACUCCAAACAGUGAGGACAUGUUAACACAACUCUUUAUGGGAUACGUUAGAAUCAAAGAGUACAAGAAACAGCAACAGAUAGCAACACGGUUACACAAGUUAACGUCCACCACUGCGUACAGCUACUGGAACGCUGUUAGUCUCGUAUUCAUGGGUAAGGACAACCCUGACCUGGGUAAAGUUAUGUGCUUUCCUCUGGCGGUCAAGAUUAUUGAGAAGAGCAAGGAGAAGUCUGAAGAAGUGGCCGAGGAAGUUUUCAGAUUGUAUUUGGAGGUAUUAGAACUAAUGGGGAUGUAUGAGAAAGCAGUUGAGGAACUGGGGGACCCCAAGAACGUUAUCAUUGAUGAUAGAGAGCGUCUCAGAAUGAAGAUACAUUAUCAUAAUCUGCUGGGAAAUACCGACAAAUGCAACAUUCUUUACAAACAAGCUUUAAUUGCUGAGCCAGACAGCUACGAUUUCUACAGAGGAUAUUUUGAAACGUCCUUCAAACUUUUAACAGACUCAACCUCUCUUCAUGAUCCAGAAUUUCAAGUAAAUCUAGAAAAAGCGGAUACAAGUGUUCAGGACAUGACAGGUCUACUCUUGAAAGUAGCCGAGGAUGCAGGACCAGUGCGAGGUCCGGAGCUAGCUAAAGCGGAGCUGGUGGUCAGGCUCAAGGAGCAAAAUAUUGAAAUGUGCGCGUUUGCGUCGCCUUCUCUGCUCGUGCUGGAGUACGUGCAGAAGUUCGGACACAAGCUCUGUUGUUAUGAUGAUCUCAGAGUGAUUAUUGACCGACUAAAGGACGCGGAGAAACAAGAGUUGAUACAGAUACUAGAAGAGUACAGAGUAUCAGUAAAGGAAAGUAACGGAACUAAAGCGAUGCAGAGACUAGCCACUCUCCACAUGUUACUCCAUCACGUGGGCAAGUAUAAAGCUCUGGAAUCCGAGCAGCAGUUCAUCGCGCUGGAGGAGAUCAAGAACUUUCAUAACAUAACUUUAGAAGGGGAUCUUGGAUGUGCUUACAUAGACGCUUUUGUUCUCCUCUACUCCUGGCAGAAAUGUGAUUCGGGCAACAAACCUGACAUAGUGGACUCAAUCAAGUUGCUGAUGACCAAGUUAGAGCAGUUUCCAGAGGCCUCGGCCUGUCGUCUUCUCGUUACUCGGUUAUACGAAUAUCUCGGCGCUAUUGGCCCAGCAGUUGAAGUUUACGAAGGGUUGGAUACGAAAUCUAUACAGUUAGAUUCACUGGCACACAUACUGUAUUCUAGUCUGAUGCCACUUGGUGCAUAUAAUAGAGCCGACAAACAAGCCAGACAGAUGGAAGCUUUUUAUAGAACCAAUGAGAGAGAAGUGCUGGAGUACAUCGUCAAGUCGUAUCUCUGUGGAAAGUUCAACAAAGUUGCCGAGCUCUUCGACCUGCACAAGAGCCUAGUUUACAGCAUGUCUAAGUCGGUCUUUUUACUUGACAAACUAUGGCUGUCCUUUGUACUUUCCUCCGCAAACUCCUGGGAUCAAAUAGAGAGUUUACUAGAGGCAACCCGCGAAGAAAUAACAAGUGUGAAGGCAGAUAAUCUGGUAGAUAACCGUGACUACUCUGUGAACGAGGUAUGCGACUCGAGACACCAAGAAAUAGCGACACUUCAAUCCACAACCAGCUACUCUCACGACACACUCUACGUUAGCAUGCGACACUUCAUGUUAUCUUCACUUCUUAAGCUACAGGAUGCGACUACCAGCAAAGAAAGUGAAGCUUUAGACACGCUCGUGGCUCUGUUUCAAUCUGAUGUCGUGGAGAAAGCUGGAAAAUUACCUGUUUUAGAGGGGUACCCACUUUAUCUCAUGAUGUCUCAGAGCAUGAACGUUUGGAAGCUGUUUCUAGAAACGUUAACAUCUACAGUUGUUGAAGCAACAAACUUGAUUCGGCAUUGCAUUCAUGGCAAACAAGCACAAUUCAACCUAGAGAAUGUCACAUCCAAAAUCUCAGAGCUGAUAACGCUAAGUAGGAAAGAGUUGAUAGUGGACGAUACGAUUAACAGCUCCAAACUGCCCUUCCUCUCCUCGCUCAUUCAGACUGCAUAUUUCGCUGUUCUGUGUCUAAGUUGCGGAGUUACGGGGCGAAUUCAGCGCAAGAAACGCGGCAUAGUGGAAGGAGUAAUGAGCUCUUUGAAGAGUACUCUAGCUGACAUAAAACUGCUCUGCGAUGACUGUCACUCUAUUGCAAUGAAACACAAACUCGACAAUCUCACCAUCGACAAGGAUGACAGUGUAGACAGUAGGAUCACGAGCAGUUUGGAGUGGUCACUAGAAGAAAUGUCCGGAAUCAUCGGGAAAAUGUCUGGUUUAGUCAACUCUCUUCACUCUCGUCUGCAACCUAAGUCGUGAGAUAGCUACAUUAGCGAACACUGAAUUGUGCUAUCAUGAGAUAUGUACCUGUUUUAUGUGAAAUGGAAAAGAUGAUACGGUUAAGCAUAAGGAACCCGUCCGGCAAAAUGGGUCGAAUUUCCGGUGAUGAUGAUAAUGAUUUUAGAUAAUUGAAGCCCGUAUCUAUUUGAAUGGUAAUUGAAUGUUUAAGGCAAAUUGGUCGUUUAUUUUUUGCAUAUUGUACGUUUUACAA